AUAUAAAAUCAAAAUCAAAAAGCAAACUCAACUAACUUCAACUUUUCCCUCUAUAUAACCCCUUGUGCAACCAACUCCUAGGAGUUCUAUCAACAAACUCAACAAACCUCUCAAUAUGUCUGCCUCUACUUCUUCCUCCUCUUCCACUCUGCUCUUCCAAGACUUUGCAGAACACUUCUACUCGAGAAGAAUGCUACUACACACUCCUCUUCUUCAAUCACCAACUACAGCAUCCCCUCCUGCAACUGUAAACAGCCAUGAUCCAUCACAACCCUACGCGGGAGACAAUUCAUUCGAUUCAAAUGUUGUAAUGGUCCUCUCAGUCCUUUUGUGUGCCCUAAUAUGCUCACUGGGAUUGAAUUCCAUCAUUAGAUGUGCCUUAAGGUGCUCAAGUUUAGUAGCUUCCGACACUCGAAACAACCCUUCAACUAGGUUAGCCAAUACAGGCAUCAAGAAAAAGGCUCUCAAGACGUUUCCCACGCUGAAUUAUUCUGAUGGGUUGAAUCCGUCAGGCCUGGACACCGAGUGUGUGAUCUGUCUAUCCGAGUUCACACACGGUGAUCGUGUACGAGUGCUUCCCAAGUGCCACCAUGGCUUCCAUGUUCGCUGCAUCGAUAAGUGGCUCAAUUCCCAUUCCUCCUGCCCUACUUGCAGGAACUGCCUCAUCGAGACAUGCCAGAAGAUCGUCCGAUGUAGCCAAGCUAGCUCAUCACUGCCACCACCGCCGCCACCACCCCCACCACAGGAGACAAUAGUAAGCAUUGCCCCACUAGAACCUGAAGGUUUGAUACGCAACUAUAGGGGUGUUAGCUAAUUUUAUAUUAUUUUAUUUUAUUUUAUUUUUUGUUCAUCGUGUAAUAUACUCAAUGGGGUUGAGCUUAAUUUGUACGUGUCUUGCUUAUUACCCCAGUCUUCUCUAGAUAUAGUGUCGCACUUCUCAAAUUGUAUAUAAGUCUUGAAUUGUUGAUAUAUUGCAUUGUUUUCUUAUUUUACCUUCCC